AUGGGGAAAGUGGAAGUGGCGACAACAAAACAUAUAGAGGAAAAAGAAACAGAGCAAACGUCGUUUAAAGCGUUUAAUUUUCGAGAACUAGCGAUGGCGACCAAGAAUUUCCGGCAAGAAUGUCUUAUAGGAGAAGGUGGAUACGGUAGGGUUUACAAAGGAACCUUUCAAUCUACUGGCCAGAUGAUAGCUGUGAAGCAGCUAGACAGACAUGGACUACAUGGUAACAAAGAGUUUCAAAUUCAAGCCUUGUCAUUAGCUAAACUCGAACAUCCAAAUCUCGUCAAGAUGAUAGGUUACUGCGCUGAUGGAGACCAAAGGCUUUUAGUCUAUGAUUAUUUCUCUACAAGUACCCUUCAAGACCAUCUCUACGAGCAUAAGCCCAGCCAAAAGCCCAUGGAUUGGAUAACGAGGAUGAAGAUUGCAUAUGGUGCAGCACAAGGAUUGGAUUACUUGCAUGAUAAAGUGAACCCACCAGUGAUAUACCGUGACUUGAAAGCUUCUAACAUUUUGUUAGACGAUGAGUUUUACCCUAGGCUUUGUGAUUUUGGUUUGCAAAUUCUAGCGCCUGGGACUGGUGACAGCUUGUUUCUUUCUUCAAGGGUUAUGGACACUUAUGGUUACUCUGCUCCUGAGUACACUCGAGGAGAUGAUGUCACUAUCAAAUCAGAUGUUUAUAGCUUUGGAGUUGUGUUGCUCGAACUCAUCACUGGUAGAAGAGCGGUUGACACCACUAAACCUAAUGAUGAACAGAAUCUAGUUGCUUGGGCAACACCAAUAUUUAGAGAUCCAACGAGAUAUCCGGAUAUGGCAGAUCCUCUCUUGAAGAACAGUUUCUCAGAGAGAGGGUUGAAUCAAGCAGUGGCAAUAACAUCAAUGUGUUUACAAGAGGAACCAAGUGCUCGUCCAUUGAUAAGCGAUGUAAUGGUUGCGCUUAGCUUCCUUUCCAUGUCUACAGAAGGUGUCCCAGCCGCGGUUCCAGUUGCAUCCUUUAGAGACAAGAGUAUGUCUAUUGCUUUGAGCAGACACGGUUCUUGUUCUGUGGUUCCCUUUUCACUUUCUCGGAGAGAGGAAAGGGACACAUCUAGUGUUUCAUCAUCAGACUCAGAAGAUGAAGAAGAAGAAGAAGAAGAAGAGGAAGAAGAAGAAGAAGAAGAAUCAAGAAGUAUGAAGAAGCAAGAGGAGGAAACAAACGCAACUGAUUCAGAUGAUGAGUCUGAUUCAAACUCAGAGAAGGGACAAGAAGAAGAGGAACGUUCUCAGUUGGAGAAAGCUAGAAGCUCUAGGAGUUCAUCUGACUCUGGAAGCGAGAGGAGAAGGUCUGUUGAUGAAACUAAUGAAGCUGCUCAGAGCUUGAAGAUGAAGUAUAGUUAUUGCUCUGAGGAGGAUGAUGAAGAGAGGCUGAGCAGUAAAAGCAGUUGUAAAUCAAAUGAUGAAAGCUUGCUUUCUUUUCGGGUUGACAGUAACAGAAAUCACGAUGAUUCACCGAAGAACACAAACAAUCUUGCUCAUGAUGAUGAUGAUGAUGAUGAGGAGGAGAAUCAUGAAACUCGGCUUGAGCAUAUUCAUAGCUCAAAAUCUGAAGUCCAGAGUGUUUAUUCAGACGAUGAUGCUGGGGAGAGAAGUGGUGAGUCGUCUUUGCGUCGGAUUGAACCAGAGGAAGAGGAAGAGGAAGAAGAAGAACACGAUUCUUCAGAUCAAGAUUGA